AGGACCAGGACCCGCCCUCCUCCUCCUCAUCAUCCUCCUCUUCCUCCUGCACUUGUCAACGGGACACUGCUCGCGCAUUACCUCACAGUUGUAUCCACAGACGCUGCGUAAACCUGUCCCACAGACGAGACACAUCUCUAAACUCACAUUUUGAUUCGUAUCAUCAUUAGAUGUCACAAUGUUGCCUUUCAGGAGAACUUUUGAGAGCGAGAAACAGCAUCUGCAGCAGCUGAACAGCAGACUGGCCCAGUAUCUGUGCAGGACCAAGCAGCUGGAGCAGGAAAACGCGCAUCUGGUCGCCGAGAUCAACAAACUGAGGCAGAGGAGGACGACGGCGGGGCUGGAGCCGAAGUACAAGUCUGAGAUGCGGGAUCUGAGGAGGAUGGUGGAUCAGCUGUCCGUGGAGAAGUCCCAGGCGGAGGUGGAGAGGGAGAAGCUGUGGAGGGAGCUGCAGAUGAUCCAGUGUCUGUGCAGCGAGCAGACGGAUGUGUGCACGGACAUCAGUGGAGAGCUGCAGGGGUGCGCGAAGGAGCUUCAGGUCGCUCACAGGACCAACACUGAACUCCAGCAGCGUCUGCUGCAGCUGGAGAGCGAGUAUGGAGCCAUGGAGGAGGCACACAGGCAGGAGAUGGAGCGCGCCAGGCGUCAGGUGGAGUCCCGAGUGGUGCCCAUCAUUACGCAAACUUACUGCGGACCUGCGGUAGUCCCCGCGGAAGAGCUGCAGGAGUACGCCCUGGGUCUCUCCGAGGGCUGGGUGCAGACCUUUGAAUUGUACCAGCAGAAGGUGGUGGAGAUGGAGCAGGCGAUGAAAGCGGACCAGGCCAUGCUGAGUGACCUGCAGAGGGAGAAGAUGCAAUACGCAGCACAGAUGGACAAUUUACGCAAGGAAGCGGAAAAACAGGGUCGCCUCCAGAUGCGCCUUGAAGAUGAGCUCAUGAACAUGCAGGAGACAUUCCGCGUGGACUUGAGCAAUUAUCAGACGAUUGUCAAGCAGCUGGAACAGGAAAGGAACCUGAUGGCCAAGACUAUAGCAGAGAAGACACAGGAGCAUCAGCACCUUCUGAAAGUUAAGAUGGAUCUGGGCAUGGAGGUCGCCGCCUACAGGGCUCUCCUGGAGGGUGAGAGAGUGAGUCUGGAAGAUGCUCAUAGAAGGGUGAAUCAGCAUCAGAGAGAAAGAAUAAUAGAUAUCAAGAAGCCUGCCCAACCCUACACACCAAGAGCUUCCAUGUUAACUACGAGACAACAUACGGAUGUCCGGUAUACCCAACCAGCGCCAAGCUUGACGAGAUCCCCCAUAGUUUCCUCUGGGUCCAGAAGUCCCUCUAAGGUCAUUCCUAUUUCAGUUGCAGACAGAGCUCGUUAUCAAAGCCCUGCAUCCAGAAGAGAUAUGAUAUCAUUCAGCAAAGCUCGGGCUGCCGCUUCUGCCCCUGUGUCUACCACCACUGCUGCUUCUGCCAAAGAUGAGCAAACACGCAAACAUGAAACCCACAUGAGUCCCGGUGUGCAGAAAACAUCAGAAGAGAGAACUGUGAAAAUCAAACAGGUCUCUAGGGAAGAGAGCCAAAUAAGUCCCAUCAAGUCUCCCACUGCUGAGACCAAAUCAGUGAGGGUACUGUCACCACCAACGAUGAGCCUGAGCACUGACAUUGAAACAGAAAGCCAAAGGGAACUGUUAGAUGAAAUGGACCAUGGUUAUGGCGUUAAGUUUGAAGACGAAUGGGAAACAGAGUCUACAAGUGAACAGAAGAUUUUAGAGCCUGUGUCUGUAGAGGAGAUUGUCGAAAAAGUGAUCAGACCAGCAGGUUUGGAAGCUCGGGUGUGUUCACCAGGAGAAUCCAAGGUCAAGUAUCAUGUGGAGAAAACUGAAGAGGAGAAUGGCACGACUAAAACACAGAUUGUGUUGGAGUCCAAGGUGGAGGAGGAAGUGGAUUUUGGUGAGGACUCUGCCCUGGAUAAACUUCUGAGUCAAGGUGCGAAGAAGAUGUCACUGGAGGACAUUGAGGAUACAGCAGCAGGAAGUAUGAUCAAGAAUCUGUUCAGUGACCUGCAGGGAGCAGAGAUUCUGCAAAACAAGUCUGUCAAUGUGCAAAUCAUUGAGGAACCAGUGGACUCUCGCAGUAAAUAUGAGGUUGAAGUUGAAGAGAUGUCCAGAUCUACCCAAGAACCAGUGGACUCUCACAGUAAAUAUGAGGUUGAAGUCAAAGAGAUGUCCAGAUCUACCCAGGAACCAGUGGACUCUCACAGUAAAUAUGAGGUUGAAGUCAAAGAGAUGUCCAGAUCUCCCAGGAACCAGUUGACUUUCACAGUAAAUUUAAGGUUGAAGCCGAAGAGAUGUCCAGAUCUACCCAGGAACCAGUGGACUCUCACAGUAAAUAUGAGGGUGAAGUCAAAGAGAUGUCCAGAUCUACCCAGGAACCAGUUGACUUUCACAGUAAAUUUAAGGUUGAAGUCGAAGAGAUGUCUAGAUCUACCCAGGAACCAGGGGUCUCACAGUAAAUAUGAGGGUGAAGUCAAAGAGAUGUCCAGAUCUACCCAGGAACCAGUUGACUCUCACAGUAAAUAUAAGGUUGAAGUCGAAGAGAUGUCUAGAUCUACCCAGGAACCAGGGGAAUCUCACAGUAAAUAUGAGGGUGAAGUCAAAGAGAUGUCCAGAUCUACCCAGGAACCAGGGGACUCUCACAGUAAAUAUGAGGGUGAAGUCAAAGAGAUGUCCAGAUCUACCUAUCAUCAGCCCUCCUCAACAUACUUUCAAAUCGAGGAGCUAGAAAACGUCCCUUAUGAUACUCACAUGCAGUUGGAUGACGUGACAAAAUCCUUCACAACAGAUGCGACAGAGUCGCGUGAGUAUUUUGUCUCCACACCAGAUGAUAAUCUUUCCGAGUCCGAGGAGGGUGGUGGCAUAACCUCAUAUGGCCAUUAUGGCAUGGUAGAUGACCUUUCAGACGAGAAGUAUUAUCAAGAUGGAAAUAUUCCAUUAAACACAGCAAUACAAAAGAGAGGUGAUGAAUAUAAGUUCUUGUCAGAUCUCAAAGAUGGUUUUCCAGAGUGCAUCAUUGAAGAAGAGAUCUGUGUUUCCCCUGUAGUGCAGGAGUCGGUGCUGGAGUUCCUGAGAGAGGACUCAUUAGAGCCCAAAGAGCAGCUGAAGGGAGCUUUAGAGAAACUUCAAAGCUCAGUUUCAGGGCCUCUGAAGGAGGAGUUGGCCUUUCUCACUAAAAUUAGUCGCGAAAGUCCUGAGAAUAUGGCAGUUAACGUCACAAAAGUACAGCAGUCAAGUGACAAUGGAACUAUGACUAUAGUUGCAGAACUAAAUGUCUCUCAAACCCUGGAAGACUCUGGGCUGCUGGAGGCAGAGGAUGAUCUUUCUGAAGAGCAGAUCAUGGCAGCUCUCAGAUCCUCUAACCAUGAGUUUGAGAAAGCCUUCCAGGUUGGGGCAGGGGGAGGGUACAGCUUCAGCAUUGACAAAACAGAAGAUAUUGCUCAUGGUGAGGAGUCUGAAGGCUUCACAGACCAAGGAGAAUCCACGUCAGAAAUCACUGAGAGACAUAUCAAAUUCCGGCCAUCCGAGAAGUCCUUCACCUUCCAGAUGGGCAGCCAUUCAGGUGUGUCAUCACAGCAAGAGCUGCUGUCCGAAAUCUCAGAGAGCCCAGAGAAGAUUUCUCAAGAAAAAAGAGUUGCCACAAUUUACCUUGACAGCCCAAAUAACUAAGAAAGAAUUCAGCCAGAAAUAUUUUUGGAUGUCUUUACUUGCUUGCAUAUCAAUUCCAUAAGUAUAGGCGCUUUUCCACUACCCACUCCUGGCUCGACUUGGCAUGGCAUGGGGUGACUCGGCACGUUUUUUUAUGCUUUUCCAUUAGUGAUAGUACCUGGUACUUCUUUUUGGUACCUGCUCUUGCGAGGUUCCAAGCGAGCUGAGCCGAUACUAUGUGACUAUGUGAGUCAUGAGCGCAAGGGGCGACACUAGAAUCCAGCCAUGCUAGUACCACGUAGUGGUGAAGCGCCAUAUGUAUGAAGCUUACAGCCCCAGUGCAUAUCUUCUGACUGCCUAAGGAAUCUUAAUUACCAAAACACUGCCAGUGCUUCUACCCCCACACCUCUGCCACCCAGUUGUGCUUAUCCCUUCAAACUGCCCAACAUCCAGAUGUGUUUUUCUGCUGUAUAGAGUCUACUUCUGAAACUUCUCAUUGGCACUUCUUGGCAUUUUCAGCCACUCUCCAGCUGUCUUUUUUAAUAGCAAUUUAUUUUUUGUUGUGGUCAGCCUUGCCUUCGUUCAGCCACUUCCUGCGUGCAGCAUGGGAAUGUGGGAAAUGAGAACAAAACACUGCUAUACUGAGAAAUACAAAUAGGAAGUCACAUGAAGCCGAUGGGCUUAAAUUUACACACUACAGCUUUAAGGCUUAUGCUGACCCUGAAAUAAUAUUUUUUUUCCCCCAAAAUGUAUAUCUAAUUGAUAUUUGAUAUACUGAUUGUUACUAAGAGUGUUUUAUCUUAAUCUGGUGCCCGAAACAGCAUGUCAUGAUUCAAACAAUAAUGGCUUUCAGUGAAAUGUUUGAGGUUACAUAUAUAUAUAUAUAUAUAUAUAUAUAUAUAUAUAUAUA